UCGAGUGGCGGUGGAGCGCGGGAGGCCAGUGGAUGGCGGACCCUCCAGCUUCUUCAGGAGAGACCAUGGACUCCCUGGCGGAGCCUCGGUGGCCUCCAGGCCUGGCAGUCAUGAAGACAAUAGAUGAUUUGCUGCGGUGUGGAAUUUGCUUUGAAUAUUUCAACAUUGCAAUGAUGAUUCCUCAGUGUUCACAUAACUACUGUUCUCUCUGUAUAAGAAAAUUUCUGUCCUAUAAGACACAAUGUCCAACUUGUUGUGUGACAGUCACAGAGCCGGACCUGAAAAAUAACCGCAUAUUAGAUGAACUGGUAAAAAGCUUGAAUUUUGCACGGAAUCAUCUCUUGCAGUUUGCCUUGGAGUCACCACCCAUAUCUCCUGCUUCCUCCUCUUCAAAAAACCUUGCUGCCAAAGUGCACACUCCUGUAGCUUUCAGGCAUUCUUUAAAGCAAGGAAGCAGGUUAAUGGAGAAUUUCUUGACCAGAGAAACUGGUGGUUCUACGUCGGAGUUGUUGAUAAAAGAGAAUGAAAGCAAAUUCAGCCCUCAAAAAGAAGUGAGCACUUCUGCCAAGACCAAAGAGACACCUUCUGUAGAAAAGACAACUCUAGGCUCCUUGGAUGCUAAUGUUCCUGAGACACCCUCUACGUCGACUUUGAAACAAGUUACUAAAGUGGAUUGUCCUGUUUGUGGCGUUAGCAUUCCAGAAAAUCACAUUAAUAAGCACCUAGACAGCUGUUUAUCACGUGAAGAAAAGAAAGAAAGCCUCAGAAGUUCUCUUCACAAAAGGAAGCCAUUGCCCAAAACUGUAUAUAACUUGCUUUCAGAUCGUGAUUUAAAGAAAAAGCUAAAACAGCAUGGAUUAUCUAUUCAAGGAAAUAAGCAACAACUCAUUAAAAGGCACCAAGAAUUUGUACACAUGUACAACGCCCAAUGUGAUGCUUUGCAUCCUAAAUCAGCUGCUGAAAUAGUUCAAGAAAUUGAAAAUAUGGAGAAGACUAGGAUGCGUCUUGAAGCUAGUAAACUCAACGAAAGCGUAAUGGUUUUUACAAAGGGCCAAACAGAAAAGGAAAUUGAUGAAAUUCACAGUAAAUAUCGUAAAAAACAUCAGAAUGAAUUUCAGCUUCUGGUGGAUCAGGCCAAAAAAGGAUACAAGCAAGCUGUUGGAAUGUCAAAAAAAGAAGUAACAAAAAAAGAAGAUGAAUCUCCAAAAAAGCUAUUAUCUGUAUGCAUGGGAGAGGAAGAUAAUAAAACGAAAUUCUCGGAUGUGCCCUUGGUAACAAACCACUUCCCCCAGUCAAAGCUGGACUCCCCAGGGAAACUGGAGCCUGAUAGAUCAGAUGACUCUUCUAGUUGUACUGAUAUUCAAAUCGAAGCUUUUUCUUCACCAGAAUCAGAUUCAUGGAACAGUUCCAGUUCAGACAUCAUAAGAGAUCUUCUAGAAGAAGAGGAAGCCUGGGAAGCAUCGCAUAAAAAUGAUCUUCAGGACACAGAAAUCAGUCCAAGAUGGAAUCGUCGCACAAGAUCAGCUGAAAGUGCUGAGAUGGAGCCAAGAAAUAAGCGAAAUAGGAAUUAGCGUGGGCUUCUGCCAACUUUCCCAACAUAGUGAUCAGAAUGUCGUACUUUGUGUUGCCAAAUAGAUUUCAUAUCCAUCUCAUAUUCAUACUCAUAAAUGCCCAAGUGAAGAUGCUGAAUUCUAAAUAUUGUGGUUAACUGAUUUUCAUUCUUUUCUGCCUUUCCGGGGAAAAAAAAAAAUUUACAAAACAUCCUCACCUCCUGCCUCUGAAACAUCUCUCUCUAAAAUUAUGGACAUCUGCAAAGCUGGUGAACGUGGCAAAGUGUUUUUGUUUCUAAAUUUCAGAAUUUAAGCCAUCUUCCUUCUCUUCCCUGGAGAAACCAACUUCAGAAAAGGAUUCUUCAACCUUUCCACCACAAGGAGCAGUUGAGGAGUUAAGAGCCUCCAUGUUUUUGGAACGGCAGGAUGUCCUACUCACAUUCUUGGCGUGUGUAAGCACCUGAUCCUGGAUGCCAGCAUAGCUGCCUGUGACCGCAGUCACCUGGUGGUUAUUGCCCAAGUUUAAUGUGGUCGCUCGUUAGACCUGUGUCUCACACAUUCUCGGAGUAGGAUGUUACUAUUGUAAUUUAAAGCCACAAACAACAACUUUGAAACAUUGGGCAUAUUCUUCGGAAAUGGCACUUAACAAUGAUUAGUUAGUCUUUCUUUUCACUUGGGUAAAUCAAAUUUUUAAUACUUUGAAUCCCAGCUAUUAAAAAAGAAUGCAGUAAAUGGAUUUUAUAAAUGAAUAAACUCUCUAUCAACUUAAAAUAAUGUGCUUAGACAGUACCCUGUGAAUAGUUGAGUACAAAUCGUUGCGAGGGGUUGGUCGGAAAUUAUCCCUGUGCCAAAUGUCCACCAGUUCCCGCUUCCCCCAGAGUUCCUCGUGCCUCUCUCUGGCAUGUCCGAGUCGCCCCUACUCCCAGCCCCUGCCACCGCCCAACCCAAACACAUCAACUUUCAAAUAACGUGACAGCAAAGUGACAAUGUUACGACAACAAAUUUAUGAAUGUACCAGGGACUUUUGUGACUUCCCCCUUCCAAAGAAUAUCUCCAUUGACUUUGGCUUUUUGAUAUGUUUUUGGGUUUCUGGAUAACGUGUAGAGUUUUGUUAUGACUUAGAGUUCAGUGUUUCACACUUAACGGCCAUUUAUUUUCUUUAUAAGUCCCUUGAGCUUCAAAUGUUAUAUAAGAAUUUGUCAUAGUCAUUUCAUCUGCUAAAAAUCAUGAGGGAUGCAUUAAGGAAACUAAAAGCAGCGCCACUCACUGAAUCUAUCAAAGGAUGUGAUAUGAGGUCAGUGAGCAAUAUCAAACAAAAUAGGGUUUAACAUUGAUGUGAUAUUUAUGUCACAGAGUUGCCAGAAAUUAUGCUAAAAUGAAAACUGCUUGUUUUCAUUAAAAAUUACACAUCUGCUAUAAAUUAAACGAAGUAAUUACU